AUGGAACAUCCUCGUACCUCCACCACCCACUCCCGGCGACCUCCAACAUCUUUCUGCAUUCCCCCUGACGCCCACCGCGACAACCACCACUACUCCUCCACCGCAUACUACGGCGCUGCUGGCAACCUCGGUCACCCUCACUCCCCCUCUCCCAAUACACCCGACAUCACACUGGACUACUAUCAGGACUGCCGCGACCACGAUCCAUCCUCUUCCUCGCCCACAAAGGAAGGCAUUGCUUCGAGACUGUGCAAUUUACCCACAGCUGCAGCAUUGACACGCUCCGGCUCUGUGCUUCAUAGCCGCGCAAAGUCUUGGACCUCCUACGUCUCCAAGCUGAACACGGGCAACAACAACCAGUCCUCGUCGUCUGACAGGUCGCACAAUCGCCAAUCUAACAUCUUCGGCCAUCUCUUCCACGGAGAGUCUGCUCCUGUGCACCUCGGCGUGCCUACAUCCCCCACCAAAGAAAACGAAGAAUCCGAAUUCGUCAUGGAGUACAAGCCAGGCUUCACAGAACGACCUAAUCCUCGUCAUGAACGCAAGACCAGCACCCACAUCUCAGCUCCGACCCCAGCUACCAAGGGAGGAAAACUGUCCUGGUUCAACCGCAAGCAGACCCAACCGGCACCUGCGUCAGACGACACCACCAAAGACGAAAUUCUCACCAUGAACCUCAACACCUCCCUCUUUCCACACGGCCCAGCCGAUCCCCUCUCCCCACAAGCCUUCAACGACCUCCUGCUCAACGCCACCAAUCUCCUCCAUCGCAUGCAAACCGCCUACAAAGAAAAGAUGGACUACAUCGCCUCCAUACAACCCGAAAUCGACGCGCAAAAGGAGGAGGUGGAAGAAGCCCGCACUCGCUCCGAACACCUGAAACUGCAACUGGAAGACAUCGGACGACAACAUCAAGAGCAGAAACAGGUGAAUCGAGAAUUGGUCGAUGCAAUUGCGGAGCAGAAAAUGCAACUUCAAGAAGUCAGAGAACAGAGCAAAACCAUCCGCGUCGUUGGGAAUGAAGACAAUCGUCAGGACGAAGAAGAUGAAGACCAACGGAGGCAGAGAAAACGCGGCUCCGCCGGUAGCGACAGCGGCUUCGAAUCGGAUACCGAAACUUCCUCCCUCUUCAGCACGGGCAUGGAAACACCAAUGUCCCACCGACAACCGAAUUUCUUGCUCACGACACCGGAGAAUCAUCAUUACGACACGAGGCGCUUCUCACAGCAAUCGACUGCUUACUCGAAAGCUUCUUCUUCCUCUUCUUCUACUCAACAACAACCACAGAGAUUGAAUGGAGAUGUGUUGGAGAAGACGCGUUUAAUGGCGGAGAACGAAGCCUUGAGAAUGCGCAUUGAUCAGAUGACGGCGCAAUUUCAGGGUGCGAUUGAUUUCGUCCACGAUGUCACGAGGGGCGUCUAG